GGGCGGCGAGCGAGGCGCUGCCCUCGGGGCGCUGCGGACCCCUCGGCCUCUCCCUCCAUCCGCUUUUCUCCGUUUCUCCGCCACGCCGAGGAUGAGCGGAGCCGAGGGCGCGCACUUCAGGCGGGUGGCGAUCCGCAGGAAGCCCAGCGCCGCUGCCGCCGGAGGAGCAGCGCCCGGCGCGGGAGCCGCAGCCCGGAGCAAGGCCGCAGGCAGCAGCAUCUGUCCAAAGCCCUUGAUAUUGUCUCGAGCCUGUACAGCGGGUGCCACAGCCAGGCUUGUGGAGCAGAACGCACGCAAUGAAGCGGCUCAGGGAAUAAAUGGAASUGUGCCCCUCAAACAGUCCCCACGUUCAGCUUCGAGCCCAAAGCCACAAGUGCCUCCAAAGCCAAUUCAUCUGCAGAAGGCAGCAUACCAAACCCCUAGGCAUAAAGCUUUAACAAAUCAGAAACCAAGAAUGGAGGAAGAGACGCCUGCUGCUGUUUCCARUGUCAUGAAGGAGAAGUCCAGUAAAGUGUCAGAUCUCAUCAACCGCUUCGAGGGAGGCAGCUCGCUGAACCCCAGUGAUUUGAAGAAAGAUUCCUCUGUUCUCCACAUUACUAAAUCUCAAGGAAGAUAUGGGUCAACAGCAUCACCUCAGCCAAAACUCCCCUCCCAGCUCUCACUACAGAAACAGGGAAACAGUACCACUGACAAAACUCAGGUUGCACAGCUGCACACGGCCAACGGAGUGGUAGCCCAGGACCAGCCAGAGGAUGAGGACCCCAGGUUGCCAGACCGUGGCUCCAACGUGUCCACCCCAGUCCCAGAUGAUGCCAUGGACAGCARUUUGAUAAAUGGGGAAGGAGAAAGCUCUUGCAGGGAGAGCCUGCAAAGUGUGAGUGCCUGUGAGGAGCAGAUACCCAACAGCUGCCACAGGACUCCGAGCGGCGAAACGCUGCUCCCAUCCCAAAAUGAAACUCUAGAAAUUCAUGCUGACGUGAAGGARGAGCCAGCUGAGGAGAUCACUAAACAAGAUCAACCCAUAGAAACAAAGGAGACAGAUGAGCAAAAACGUCACAAAAUCGCCAAUGAACUUCUGCAAACAGAAAAAGCCUAUGUCAGCCGACUUGACCUCCUAGAUGGGGUAUUCUACUCCAGACUCCUUGAGGAAGCCAACAGAGGUUCRUUUCCACCUGAAGUGAUUAAUAAAAUCUUUUCUAACAUUUCGUCAAUAAAUGCCUUCCACAGUAAAUUCUUACUUCCAGAACUUGAAAAAAGAAUGCAAGAAUGGGCUACCACCCCUAGAAUUGGAGAUAUCCUGCAAAAGUUGGCUCCUUUCCUCAAGAUGUACGGAGAGUACGUGAAGAAUUUUGAUAACGCGAUGGAAUUGGUGAAAACGUGGACUGAGCGGUCACCUCAAUUCAAAUUCAUUAUUCAGGACAUUCAGAAGGAAAAGGUGUGUGGGAAUUUGACAUUGCAACAUCACAUGCUAGAACCAGUCCAACGCAUUCCACGCUACGAGAUGCUCCUAAAGGACUACCUAAGGAAAUUGCCUCAGGAUUCUCUAGACUGGAAAGAUGCUGAAAAAUCCCUGGAAAUUAUAUCCACUGCAGCAAGUCACUCCAACAGUGCAAUAAGAAAGAUGGAGAACCUAAAGAAGUUGUUAGAGAUAUAUGAGAUGCUGGGGGAAGAGGAAGACAUCGUGAAUCCCUCAAAUGAGCUGAUAAAAGAAGGGCAGAUCCUUAAACUGGCUGCUCGCAACACCUCUGCUCAGGAGCGCUAUCUUUUCCUGUUUAACAAUAUGCUGCUCUACUGCGUCCCCAAAUUCAGCCUGGUAGGAUCCAAGUUCUCWGUUCGAACCAGGGUUGGCAUAGAUGGCAUGAAGAUUAUUGAAACCCAUAAUGAAGAAUAUCCUCACACCUUCCAAGUGUCUGGAAAAGAGCGGACGCUGGAGUUGCAGGCCAGUUCUGAACAGGAUAAAGAAGAAUGGAUAAAGGCACUUCAGAGYACUAUUGAAGCUUUUCAGCAGAGGAAUGAAACUUUCAGAAAUGCUAUUGCUAAAGAAUAUGAAGACAUGCCUGUYGAAGUCUCUAAUGCUGAGCUUGGGAAGAGAGCACCGAGGUGGAUCCGGGACAAUGAAGUGACCAUGUGCAUGAAAUGCAAGGAGCCCUUCAACGCCCUGACACGGAGGAGGCACCACUGCAGAGCAUGUGGACAUGUGGUUUGCUGGAAAUGUUCUGAUUACAAAGCACAUCUCGAAUACGACGGCAAUAAAUUGAACAAAGUCUGUAAGGACUGCUAUCAUGUUAUAAUUGGCUGUACAGACAGUGAAGAAAAGAAGAGGAAAGGCAUCCUGGAGAUUGAAUCUGCRGAAGUCUCUGGAAACAGUGUCAUAUGCAGCUUUCUUCAGUACAUGGAGAAGUCCAAGCCCUGGCAGAAAGCCUGGUGUGUUAUACCCAAACAGGAGGCCCUCGUGCUCUACAUGUACGGUGCUCCACAGGAUGUGAAAGCUCUGGCUACAAUUCCUCUUCUGGGCUAUACAGUGGAUGACACUCCAAAAAGUGCUGACCUCCCCCACAGCUUCAAACUGACCCARUCCAAGUCUGUGCACAGCUUUGCUGCAGACAAUGAGGAACUGAAACAGAAGUGGCUGAAAGUUAUCCAUUUAGCUGUCAAAGGUGAGACACCAGAAUGUCAAAAUGAACUGCAAGUGAAUUUAGAAGAGCAGCCUGAAUCUUCUAAAAGAUCUGAAUGCUGAAGCUCAAGAACACACGUGGCGUUUUUAAAAGAUUUCARUUGAAAUUGUGGUUAACCUUUGUGUUAACCUGUCUUUGCUCAAUCAAGGAAAAAAAAAGAAAACUAAAAAGAAAAAAAGAAAUUUCUUACUACCAUACACAUCUUGGCACUUUAUGUUUGGGAAAAAAAUUCUGGUCUUUUUAGGGAUCUUUUUCUUAUAUUUAUGUUCUGUCAAUAAAAGUGAUGUACAGGUCCAUUUCAGAGACUUUUUUAAAAAAUGUGAAUGCUAUUAAAAAUACUUACUAACUUUACUGUACUACUUGUUUGUUGUAAUGCAAUUUAUUUUUUUUUUUAAAUCCAGUUGCUCUUCAGUUAACAUUUGCUACUYUCAUUAAGAAUGCAAAUAUUUGAAGCUUCCUACUUACAUGUUAGGACUUGCAACAGGAUAAAAGAUAUACCUCCAUUGCCAAAAUAGAUCUGUACUUAAAUAUGCAGGGACAGUUUGGCUUAAUGUAUGUAGUUUAUAGAUUGAUUUCCACAGUUCUGUACAUAUGUUGUAUUCACUUGUAUCUUUUUAAUUAAAGUAAUGCAAAUUGUUUUCACAGGUAUAUUGGCUUUUAAGGUUUCAAUUUAUCAAGGAAUCAAUCUAAUGAUUUUCAAUCUAGAAAAAAAUACCUAAAAUAUGAGAAAACUAUAUAUAAUAUAUGUACAGUAUUAAAAAUGUACAAUAUUUGAUUAUUGCUUUGAUUUCAUGAUACUGGGUUCUUAUUAGUGAAUAAUUUAUUUUAAAAGAAGCAUGUUUUCUAUUUGAAAUUAAACACAGUCCUAAAYUGAAAAAUACUGUUCAGUGAUUUGUUUCAAUAGCUGACACUUAACGAUCUUGAUAUCUUUAUGCAUCAAAAAAUUAGCAGUAAUGUAAGUGGCAUGCAAUGGACAAAUGAGUUCCAGUUGUGUUAAAACAAGUAGUGGCUUUUCUUCAGUGUCCUAUCACUGUUAGCUUUUAAGAGUGCAGUARUUUGUUGCUCAAAUGCAGUAUGUGGUUUGAGAAAAGCAGCAGAUUCUAAAAACCUUCUGGGAACGUGUAUUUUUGCUAUUAUGGUCAUUGGAGCAAAAGAACAUUUUGAACUUAAGUUUUUUUUUUAAUUUUUGUAGAAGGUUAGGUAUUGUAGUACUUAUUUAUGGCAACAAUCUUCAAGGAUUAUUGUUUUAAAGUGGAGCCUGCUUUAAAAAAUUUAAUAUGAAGUCUGAGCUUGCAAAUCUGGAAUUUUAUAACUAAUAUUAUUUGUUUUCUGCUUCUGGGUAAAACGAUUCAYUGGCUUUACAAUAUUAAGUUCCUUAUGAACUUCCAUUCCUAUUAGGGUUUUUAUAUAURGAGGCAAAUGACCUCCCUAAAAUUUUUACUGUAAAAUCCUUGAAUGAAAUAUGACAAACUCAGAGGUAAUGAUUGACUAUCAGCUACAAUCACUGCUGUCUUUCCUUUUUUAAACCCUUAAAGGAAGGAAAAUAUGUAACUACUACAAUCAMCUUGUCAUAAGAACAUUCAGGAGCCUUGCUUUUCAGUGUAUCUGCAAUCUGUGUUUUAAAACGUGUCAAGUUGAAGAGCUCAGGUUCAGUUUUGUUAGUAAUGUGACGACAAAUUUAAACUGCUUUUUAUAAUGAGUUUGCAAAAAAAAAAUCCUAUUCACUGAACUCCUACUCCUGCUUUACUGUUUCUGUGAUACUAUAGGGAAAAAAAUUAACUCAUUUUGUGUUUAGGAUUAAGAUCUGUUUGUAGUGCCAAGCAUACACGAGCAGCAGUGUCCAUCAUUCCUUCAUAAGAAUGUCGUGUAACUUAAUGUCAGUGGGAUGGAUUUUGCUCUCACCUGCACAGAUCCAAGAUGUACCACAGCCUUGAGAUUCCACAGCUUUACACCAGUGUUAAUARCAAUCAGGACAUGGUAUGGUAGAGUACUAACUCUCCAGCUGACUCGGUGCAAGCAGCUCUGAUUUMUCUUCCUUGGGUGCUCUCUGUGUCUGGAUUUUUCUGGAUAUAACUCCAGUAUUACUUUUUUAUCUGAUGUGCAAGCUCUUCUGUAACUCUCUUAAGAKAUUUUAAGUUACUUCUAAUGGCAGCUGUGUUUCCCUUUAGCCAUGGGCAGCUCAAGCCUGUUUUGGUUCACAUUGGUGAGUACCCUCAGAUCUUUGCCAAGRUACACCUGGCUAAUACAUCUUGCAUGUGCCUUGGCAAGGGAUGGGGGAACAUUCAGGUAAGCAAGUAGAACUCUUGGUGGCUGUCUUUCCUUCAGGGCCAUCUCCCAGAAGUGGAGAUCUUCUACAAGAGCCUCAAGUGCAAUUGUGGGACAUGGAGAGUUGUCUUACCGCAUCCAAAUGUAGGAAAAGAGCUUCCCAUGGUCCAGUGGUUGAGUGUAAAAGGAAGAAGUUGCUUUAAAGGAGUUCUCAGAUAAGAAGGAUUGAGCUAUACUGAAAAUAAUACGAUGUUAUGACUGUAGUCAUGGAAUAAAUUAGRUUGGAAAAGACCACUAAGAUCACUGAGUGCAGCCAUUGCCCAGCACUGCCAAGUCCAGCACUAACCCAUGUCCCUAAGUGCCACAUCUGCAUGUCUUUUAAACACCUUCAGGKAUGGGGAUGGUGACUUGACCAAUAGAUCCAAUGCUUGACCUCCCUUUGGGUGAUGAAAUGUUUUCUAAAAUUCGACCUAAAUCUCCCCUGGCACAACUCAAGGCCAUUUYCUCUUGUCCUAUUGYUUGUUUCUUUGCAGAAGAGACUGACCCUCUCCUCRCUAUCAUCUCCUUUCAGGGACUUGUAGGGAGCGAUAGGAUCCCUCCUGAGCCUGCUCUUCCCCAGCUGAACACCCCCAAACUCCCUCAGCUGCUCCUCACAGGACCCAUGCUCCAAAUCCUUCCCCAGUUCCACUGUCCUCCUCUGGACUCCCUCUAGCCCCUCAAUGUCCUUCUUGACAUGUUUUUCAUGUCCCAGAACUGGACACRGCACUUGAGGUGCAGCCUCACCCAUACCAGGUACAGGUGGACAAUCCCUGCCCUGGCCCUGCUGGCCACACUGUGUCUCAURGAGCCAGGACACCCUUGGCCUUGUUGCCAUUUGGGCUCAGGUUUAGCUGCUGUCAACCAGCAAUCCCAGCUGCUUUUCCACCAGGCAGCUUUCCAGCCUUUCUUCCCCAAGCCUGUAGGGCUGCCCUGCUGGUGUGCCCCAGAUGCAGGACCCAGCACUUUGCCUUGUUGAGCCUCAUAGAGCUGGCUUGACCCAUUGAUCCAACCUGUCUGGAUUUCACUGCAGARCYUUCCUACCCUUCAGCAGAUCCUUCCCAACCUGGUGCUGUGUAGUACAUUCUGUUUGCUGAGCUCCUGCAAACUUAGAAUUCUAAUCCAGGUAGGAAGCCCUGUUCCAGUUAAAUGAUCAGGAGUAGCAGUUUCUGUGCYGCCUUAUUGAGUAGCUGAAGCUGCUUAAAUGGUUGCAGCAUCUCCCAGGUGAAGCCCUACAUUUGGGCAUAAGCAAUUGGAAAUGAAAUUAACACUGGGAGUUGUUUGUUGGGAUGUUAGCCUCAUGUUUGCCCUCGGCCAUUAAAUUGUAUAUAGCGCAGGAUAUUUAAUUUACCCUAGGGAAACCCAUUUUGUGUUGUCAGAAUCAACAGCUUGGUCAGAAUUGUUCUCUUCUGAGUCAGAAUGCCUUGGCACUCAAAUAAAUGGUUCUGUGUGUAUUUUGUAGGAAAAGUAUGUAUUACCURAUAUUAAAGGACAUCAGGAGAUGGAGAAAUUGCUUCCAAAUUUAACCACCCUGUUGUCUUCGUUCUCCACAGACAAGCCCUCCUACAGCAUUCAAAACUUUAAAUUGUAAAGUAUGAUUGAAGAGGAACAAAUCCAAAGUCAGAGCUGCUGUGGCCUAAGUAAGAACUAUGACCAAAGCAGUGAAAUUAAAACCAUCAUUCUAAUGAGGUUUGARCUAAAUUCUUAAAUUCUUUGAGAUAAAGAAAAAAGCCAUUAAAUUUGUGAGCAUAAAGCCCUGUGUGUAAGGAAUAAACUGUAACUAAGCAUUCAUUCAUAAUGCAUGAAUGCAUGUGAAUGGCUCUGCUGAAUUAUUUAAGCUUUGCAACUCUUGUGUUCAAGAAAUGCUUUUUUCUCACUUUAAAAGUGAUCAGUCUUCURUGCGAUUUAAAGCAGAUGAAAAGUUAUUUUGGUGGUUUUAUUUGUGUUCAACCAGAACAAAACUUAAUUUUAUCAUUAAGAUUUUUUGGAUCAUAGUAAUAUAUUUUUUGAAAUUACUUAUUUUUUCCCCCUACCAUGGGAAAAUAGUUUAUCAUGAUAUCUGCAUGUCUGCACCAUUCCUCCAGACCMUCUAAAAAUUCUCUUUUGGUAUCAGGYACUCCUGCUUGGUUGAAGAGCUGCUAUAAAACCUGUAUCAUGUAGUAUUUUCAAAUCCCUUUACGCUGAGCAGUUUUGUUUAUUCCAAAAUGUAUUUAACUUAUAUGUGCAAAGUAGAUACUGAGAAUACAAAACAUUCUCUUCUAUUUGGAGUAACAUAUAAAACCAUUUUAAUUGCAURUAUAUAUGGUAGCACCUUUUUAUGCAAAACCAUCUCAAAGUGUUUUAUAAAUCUCCUCAAAUAUUCUAAUGCCCUUUCAUAGAAAAGAGGUUUUUAAUUCUUCAAGUUUUUAAGUAAUGGAUGAMGGAAAGGCACUGAUUAAAUAUAGGGUAAAUGCACUACCACCUCAAUAAAAUUUAGGUUAGAUUAUAAAAGUAUUGUCUAGAGCCUUCCAAAUGGAGUCAGAAAAACAAAAAUAUAGAUAUUAGAAAACAAACAAACAAAAAAAAAAAACCCAAGUCGGGAAGGAUGUGGACACAUUUGACAGGUUGUUUGGGUUCAUCAGCACAUAGCCAGUAUGAAAAAAUCAUCAGCUUUUCAUUUCAAGAAAAGAUGAAAGAAAAUUAACAGAUGCUAGUUAUUUCUUAUACUGAAGGAAAGACCUUCAGGAAAGAAAUAAAMAUUCCAUGUAGGAAUAAUCCUAAGCAAUAACAAAAGGUCUUUCUUCAUACAGCUGGUAUAAACCAGCACAGGCCUGCUGGAGCUCUUACACCUUCAGUGAUUAAAAUUCACAYAGAAUCUGCCUUACAUUCUAUAAGRACACUUGUGAGMGAGGAAACUUCCACCACUUUGGGAGCUGCUGAGAUAYCACAUCUCAUGUGGAGUCACAGAGCUCAGGUGAACUUCAGAUGGGCCUUAGCUGGAGGUAACUGAUGUAGGGGUGAGGGUAAACAGCUGGAAAUACAUAUACAAAAGCAAACGAUUGGAGGGAAAUAAUUUUGUGGCAGAGCUGACUAUCCUUAAGAUAAAUCCGUAGGUGAAAGGGGCAUCAGUCUUAGUCUGUGGUGUCCUGUUAWUUGAAAUCUGAAUGAAAUCUAUGGGGUUAAUGUUUUUUGCUCUAGUCUGUGGCCCUGUUGGUGUGAGGAAUUUAUCUAGCUGGUUCUGACCCAUGGGACUGUAGUAUGUUCCUCAGAYAGGGGUUUUAAUCUGCUAGUCAGAUUGUUUCCUAAAUCCUUUAACAUAACAUUAACUUAAUGRUUACAUAUGUGUGUGUAUAUGCACAUAUGCAUAUGUGUGUAUAUGUAUAUAUGUGUAUUUAUAUAUUUGAGACUAUUAUUCAGAUGACUUGUUUUCAAGCAGUAUUUUACAAUCAAAAAAUACACUGUGCUGCAUUCAAAAGAGAAUGYAUAAUGACUGUGUUGAGUAUGCUUUCCAGAAAAAAAAAGAAGAUGGAGGUAGAUCUGCUGUUGUGGCAUGUUUACUGUUUCAGCCCAUAAAAACAAACAAAAAAGCCCCCAAACAUGCUAAUUCCAGUGAGGCAUUUCAAUCAGCUUCCUUUGAAAGCCUGUGAUUAAAUUCCUUUCCAGAAUCAACUAUGGCAUUUUGUUUCACCCCUUCCUCUUCCCAGCACAAGUGAAUGUGUUUUUUCKCAAAAUCCUCGAGCAGAUUUCUUUGAAUAAAACAUGUUUUCAGCCRCUGCAUAACACCAGCCUACUUCUGUUUAUAGUUCAUCCUCGUGGAUUCAUUAAGUAUUUAUGGUGGAAACAUUCAGAAAAGAGGGAACUAUAUAAAAUMAUUUUUACAUCCAUGUGCCCUAGUAUUUUUCAGCCAAAUUUGUUUCAGGUAGGUAAGGGUUUGCAAUAGAAAUUUUUCUUUUUCUGUCAGUGUAUUUUCUAUUCUGCAGCCCUUAAGGCAGAUUAAUACAUUAAUUUUAAYGGGAGCUGCAUCAGCUGUAAUGUUUGACAUCAGAAUUACAGGCUAUACAUGUUAAUUUCCUUUAUUAUGGAAGCAUUUCUGAUUUUAAUUGCAAAAACAUUUCUUAAAAAAUGUAAUAUUUGGAAGAGGUGUAAAUUUGUUUUGGUUUUGCAAUAAAGUGAAUAAUAUUAUAAAGGUGAAAUACAAAUGCCAUUGUAAGUUGUGCAAAUGUAAGUCGUAAUUUUUAUGGUUAAGAAAUAUAUGAAUGUAAAAAAGUUGAAGAUAUUGUACAUAUUUUCUGUAAUAUAUGUAUAUUUGAUCCUAAGGUGGGUGGAGAAUUGUAAAAAUUAAGCACUUUAAUUCAUGUUGAGUACUUAAAAAGAACAGAAAUUUGUAUCCUGUACAAUAAAAGCAUCAUUAAAUAAG